UCCUGCAGGCUGCGGGGCGCGGUGUUUACCCGCAGUGCAUGGUGGGGCGGUCUCCUCCGGCAACCUCGGCCCAACGGCCGGCCAGAGGCUGUGCCGAGGUGGCACAGCGACAGCAGCAUGAACUGGACCCUCGCAUCGUCCGUGCCUCAGUCGAGUCCCGACUACUACGAGAGGCUGGGCCAACUCCAGCAUGGGCUGCGGGACAGGUUGCAGUGCAGGAGGGAAUUAACUCAGGAACAGCCAUGUCAAGAGGAUUGUAUCAACCAGCAACAAUCUUUAUGGGCCGCCAAAUGUCAGCCGUCUCAAGCAUGGGAGAUUUCAGUACAGAGCACAAAUCUCCCCAACCAACAAAGAACUUUUCAAUUCCUGACCCACAUUCACACCGACAGACAGCCCAGAGAAGUAAUGUGACAGACAGCUGUGUAGUACAAACUAGUAAUGACACACAGUGCUUAAAUAAGUCUGACAACAUAGAUGGAAAGGCAUCUCUUCAGAUUGGUGAGAAAACGCCAGUCACAGCCAGUGUAUUGUCUGAGGAGGAACAAACUCAUUGCUUGGAGAUAGGAAGUAACACACGUCAUGGCAAGAGUAAUUUAUCUGAAGGCAAAAAGUCUGCUGAACUCAAUUCCCCGUUACAGGAAAGAUUAAGUCCAGAGAAGAGAACCACUGGUUUAAAGUGUGACAGUUCCAGCAGAUCAGAGGGAUCAGAGGGAGAAAUACUGACACGGGAACAUAUUGAAGUUGAGGAAAAAAGAGCCAGCCCGCCAGUCUCUCCGAUAUCAGUUUCGGAAUACUGUGAAUCUGAAAAUAAGUGGUCUCAAGAGAAGCAUUCUCCUUGGCAAGGUGUUUCAGGUCAUCUUGCUCACGGGGACCCAAAGUCACAAAAGCCCUUCAGAAAAAAGCAGGAAGAGGAGGAGGAGGAAAGUUGGAGCACCAGCAGUGACCUCACUGUUUCAAUAAGUGAAGAUGACCUGUUUUUAAAGAGCCCAGAACCACAGCCAAAUCCAGGUGGCAAGGUGGAGGGAGAAGAUGGAAUAGAGGCCUUAAAAUUAAUCCAUGCUGAGCAAGAAAGAGAUGCCCUAUCCACUGAAAAAAAUAAUUGUAUUUUGCAAACCCUAAGCUCUCCUGAUUCAGAAAAGGAAUCCUCCACUCACGCACUAACUAGAGAACCUGGACAAGCACCAGACUCAGGCGUACCGAGGGCACUGGUGGGUCAGCAUGUUGCCACCUUGAAAGAACAUGAUAAUUCUCUCAAAGAAGAGGCAACAGCAUUAUUGAGAAAAGCCCCUACAGAAGAGUGUGGCCAUAGGUCAGCUAUUCACAGUAGUGAAUCAUCUUGCAGCUUGCCGUCUAUUCUGAAUGACAAUAGUGGAAUAAAGGAAGCCAAAUCUGCUGUAUGGCUCAACAACGUUCCUACAAGGGAACAAGAAGUUUCAAAUGGCUGUGGAGACAAGAGCAAGAAAGAAAACAUGGCUGCAGAUAUCCCAAUCACAGAAACAGAAGCCUACCAGUUGCUGAAGAAGGCUACCCUUCAGGAUAAUACAAAUCAAACUGAAAACAGGUUUCAAAAGGCAGAUGCUUCUGUGUCACACUUGUCAGGUUUGAAUAUUGGCAGCGGUGUAUUCGAGACAAAGACAGCUAACAAAAUUGCGUCGGAAGCUAGUUUUUCAUCUAGUGAAGGAAGUCCUUUGUCAAGAAAACCUCUGCCUUACAAGACGAAAACUUUACUUCUACACUCUCAGCAAAGAUUCAGCAGUUAGAUUCCGAGCACAUAAGACCACAUGGUGACCGUAUCCCAUGGCCUACAAACAUGACUCUUUGAUUUCUUUUACUUUCUGAAAUGCAGUUUUGCAGUUCUGUUUUUCUUUCAUCUACUCUAGUAGCCAAAGUAGUUGGCUCUGUCCAGCACACCAUAGAAAGUUCUCAGGCUUCUCCAUCAGCCUUGCCUUAGCUUUACAUAUUAGGCAUGACCUAGAGAAAAAAAAUGUUGACCCUAAGAAUUCUGUAUAAUAAAACAUCAACUAUGAAUUGCAGGGUCACAUUGACUUUCAGAGAUUUUCCCAAAAGGAAAAAUAAUUGCCCCUUAGAUAUGAGAGUGGAGAACAAAACACUGAAAAGCACGCUCUGCCCGUCUCCGUGGGUAGACCAUGCACCACGCACAUUUAGCUCUGAAACAUGUUUCCUGUGAGAAAACCAGUAACACAGACAAUUAAGAACCAUUACACAAUUAAUUCACAUUUCACUGGGAUGUUUACUGGCUCCCUGUGGCUUAAAUGUUCUCAAAGCCACACUGUGUAACCACAGGACAAACAGAAAAAGCAAGUUCAAGUGGCCUCAUAGAGACAUGGCUUCAGGAAAUCAUUUUUUCCUAGAGUGCCACAUGCAGAAGCGAGGUCCCUGAAAUGCUCAGUGGGUCACCUCCGUGGUGGGACUGAGCGUUGCUGGCUGAUUGCUUUUGAUGAGUUAAGUGACAACUAACACACACACGCAUAGAUGGUUCUCAUGUUGUUUGUGUUUACAGCCUUGUGCAUGACUUUUUCCUUUUUUUUUUUUCCCCCUUUAGCUUUUCUGGGUUUUUAUUUUUGUUUUUUCUUUGCCACCAGGGAAGCCAAAGAAA